AUGACUGGUCUAAGUAGCCCCAAGCGAGAGUCUCGCAUCCGGCACUGGGCCAAGAGGCUGGGGAGCUGUUUGACCAAAUGCCAGCCGCAACACGAAGGGAAGCCUUCGUACCUGGACACAGAUGAUGAAAGUAUUACGUCGCCUUUUGAUAUGCUCAACACGGAACGAGUGCCACGACGUGUGCAGUCUAUGAGGAGAACAAAAUCGGCAUCGGACAAGACUGCGAGCGCGAGAUCGAGAAGGCCCGCUACUAGCGCAACCUAUGCUUUACCGUCACCGGGAAGGCUGCAAAGGGCCGAUCAUCAACAAUACAUUCACGCCGAACAAACGAUCCGGCUCGUCGAUGCCAGUAUCAGUUCUUCAGCUGGAGGCCGUCACGCAUCAUACGCCACAAAUUUUUCGAGAAGGUCAACAGGGUACGCCCCCUAUGGAUCAGAAAGGGUGUCCUCGGCCUAUGAUGAAAUGGGACUUCACCGGACCAAAACCCGAAGCAAACAAGACGAUGAAGCGCCGCUGCCAAACCCUCGCUCAGUACUCUCGUGGCUAGACUCGUUCCAAGCUCAACAGUUCGUCAAUGGAGAACCGACUCGCCCGCCCACAUCAAGAAGGGACUCUGCAGCAGACCUCACCAUCCGCCCACUCCAGAUCCGGCCCCGCCAGACAGAUACAGUGUACGGCCGCACCCCCUCAGGCCAAACCUCUGUGUCGACACAAUCCAGAAAGACUGGUAGCGCGCAGAUCUGCUACCCGCCGUCAAUCCACUCCCAAGUUGCGCUGAACGCCAUGCUGUGCGAGGGCGUCAAAGGCUGGGACCAAGACUGGGACAAGCCGCUGCAGCACCGCAUCGGCGACUCCAAGUGCCUGUGGAAAUCAGCGUCGCAACGGCUCCUGGUACGCAACAAAGACAGCAUCCGACGGCUAAACGAAGAAGCCGAAAGAGACGAGCAGCAAGACCGGAUUCUCGAGCGCAUGGAGGCAGACACCAGACUCGGGCCGCGCCACAUCAGAAGCAUCGACAGCAUCGAGGAGCUCGCCGAGGAAGACAGACAGGCCGACGAGGAAUGGAGUGGUACGUGGAAAGCAUUUGACAGAGUCUUUGCCACAUGGGACGAGGGCAGGCAGUACUAA